AGUGUUCCAGCUUAGGGCAACUUCCGGUUUCGCAGUAAAUCGCAGCAGUGUUUAUAUUCUACUAAAGGCCGUGGUGCUGGCUGGCAAAUGAGGUUGCUUAAUCAAAUACGUUCACUGGACUUUCUUUGACGAUUGGACUGUUAAUGAUUUGAUAAACACUGAAAUGCGUUUUUUAUAAGUUAUACGCCACAAAUACAGACACAGUAAUUCAUUAUUUUUACAUACCUACGUCAUUGACGAGCCAUCGUCAGUUAGAUACAUCUCAUGUCUACAAAGUGGAGUGUUCUUUUGAAGCCGCCUGGACACCCCAAAGAUGAGUCGUGACUCUUCCAUUCAUAGUUGGCCUGGGUCCUACUACAUUAAUAGUGAGAAAAGAUGGGUCAGUGGCACACUGUCGCUGAGCAGAACCACCCUUCGCUUCACCACAGAGCAGAGCAAAGACAGCCUGGCCAGCGUUCGCCUCUCCCGCAUCAUGGAGAUCAAGAUGGAGUCCUCAAGCUUCAUCUUUAGUACUCUCACUGUGCUAGAGGAAGGCAACAUUAAACACUGGUUUGGGUCACUGCGCCCCAACCGGGUGGUGGUCUACAAUGUGCUGGAGCACUUCUGGAGGGAACGCCUGCUGUCUCCCUCACAGAGCCGUGGGGCAGAGGCCCCACUCAGCAAAGGCAGGGAGCUCAUCAACUUGGUUUCUGGGGCCCAGCGCAGACUGGAGGAUGCAGGGAAAGUGCUCAACCACCAAGGAGAGCAGUUUGAUAAUGUGAUGCAAGAUCUGGGCAAGAUUGACUCAAAUUUGGGUGUUGCAGACAAGCUAUUGUCAGAAUUGGAGUCGCCCCCCUGGUGGCCCUUUGGAAAGCUACCAUGGAAGAGCCAGCAGGACGCCAAGAGCAUGCAAGCAGCGAUGGCCGCUUCCUGUAAAGGACCCGGGAAGGGCCCAAGGGUGAUCACAAGCAUACCUGCUCUCAUCUCUAAAGGCGCAGAAUCAGACUGGAAACCUGGGUGUCUGGUGGUGCUGAUAUCCUCACUGGAGAUCAGGGAUGCAAAUUCACAUCUGCUGCACCACUUUGAAAGGGAUGAGGUGGAUGACAUAAGGAUCCACAGUCCGUACGAAAUCAGCGUACGGCAGCGGUUCAUUGGUAAACCUGAUAUCUGCUACCGCCUCCUCUCGGUGAAGAUGACAGAUGCCCUGUCUGUGCUGGAGAUGCAGUACAAGAAAAAAGUGGAGUUCACCAGUGACUUUGCAGCCUUUCGGGCCAGCCCUGCUACAACUCCAGGUGCCAUACAGGAGGACGGAUCAAUAUGGACUGCCGGUGGAGCUGCAGGGCAGUUCCAGCUCGGCCAGGAGACAGAGGUUCCUGUGGAGAUCCCUGCUGGUGAACUUACUCAGGUCCAAGUGCAGGUCCUUCAGCCCACCGUCACCGAUGCCGAGGCCCAGGAACUGAAGCAGAUGCUGCUGCAGCUGAAGAGUCUGGCUCUUGAGGCAGAAACUGAGCUGGAGAGGCAGGACGAGGCUCUGGACACCUUGGUGUCCACCACCGAUCGCACCACCAUGGCCAUUGACAAACACACUCGCCGCAUGAGAAAGCUACUGUGACUUCUUCCUCUGACAUCCCAUGAAAUGUAAAUUAACAGGUGGCCAUACACAGAAACACUGGUAAAGUAUAUAAUUGACUGUAUGUUUCAUGAGUUAUCAGUACAAAAAGAAGCUUUCAGUACAUAACUGUUGAUUGCCUCAUGUACCUGCACUUCAUAAUACACCUUUGUAAGUGUAAGUACAGUAUUAAAAGACCCUCUCCAGUGGCCCAAAAUGAUCUCCCAGCUCUACAUACUGCAUGUCUAAGAUGAGUCCCUUGUAGUAAGUCCGAACACUCCCAAAAGGGAGCAAAGAGGAACGAAACAAGAUGAGUUAUAUACGAAUUCUGGUUGUUUUUAAUUAAAUCAUAUCGACCCUAACUAUGAAUGCACAUCUGUACCUCUCUCCAGCCCCAUACAACUGUUAAUAUUAAUCUAUACUGUAUAUUUGUUAAGUGGCUAGGAAAGUCCUGUGAUGUAAUUUUGUCUGUCGUGUGUUGUAAUGGUUAUCAUUGUGAACAAGUUCAAUAAACUCCAAGAUGAAAGCUG